AUGAAGGGGCUAUCCAUGUGGAAUGGCCUCAGUGCGAUAGGGUUCGCAUGCCUUGGGUUAUCAACGCCUGUACAUGAAAACAAAGGAGCCGUGCAUUUCAAAGAUCUCCUCACUGUCGAAACUGGCUCGGUACACAAUGUCCAUGUCGUUUUCAAUGGUGCCUUUGAAGGUCUUGUGCAGUUGGUCUUCGGUACCUGUGAUAUGGUACGCCUCGACCAGCACCAUCAUCAGGUCGGAUCAGUAGAGAUCGAGAACAACGUCCAUCCAGAUCGAUUUGUUUGGGUGGUUCCAGAAGAUGCCUUCCAUGGCGGCUGCUUGCACGCCUUCUCCUCCACAGGACUAAUUGGCAGAUCAGAACCUGUGACUGUGUCCCGUCCACUUCGCAAACGUGAAGCUAUUGCCGAUGUUGCCGAUACACUAGGCCCGUGGUUCGACGGUGUUGCUUAUAUGCAGUCGAGACCAGUCAACGCCACCUUCAGUGCUACUGCAAAAAGCAAGCAGGUCGCUAUCUUAGGUGGCGGUAUAGCUGGUCUGAUGACUUCGUUACUCCUUCAGUCUGUUGGCAUCGAAGAUUGGCACAUUAUCGAAUCCUCUCAACGCGUCGGUGGCCGUAUACGUACUAGUUACCUGAACAACACAGAGCCUAGCGACUAUCAAUACCAAGAAAUGGGCCCUAUGAGAUUCCCCGUCUCGUGGACAGAUAGUGACACAAAUGAGACGGUGGAAAUCCAGGAUCACAAAAUGGUGUUUCAGCUUGCGGAUGUCCUGAACCAAAUGAACGGAAAUGAUCCUGGUCUUGCUGUCAAUUUCAUUCCAUGGAUUCAGAGUAGCCCCAACGUACCAGUCAACUCCAGAGGCAUUCGUCUUCAGAAUGGAAGAGUCCCAAGUCGCGCCGAGCUAGCGGCUAAUUCAAGCCUAGCGACCCCCCCUACAGCAUAUAGUGAUCCUGAUGCCGCAGAAGCCGCCGAGGAUGCGUUCGCGGAAUUUGCAGAUCUGUCGACGGAAAGGAUGAAGGAGAUUUCCCGAAAUAUUUUCAGAGCUCACAAGCAAGCCGUUGAGGAUGGUCUUUUCCAGUAUUCUGAGGCUUCGUACCUUCGUUACGCCCUGAGUCUCGAUCACAACCUGACUGAUUUUAUUGCUGGAGCUGCAAACUCUCCUAUCUGGGAGUACGAUACAGUUUAUUUCUCUGCAGACAGAUGGCGCACGAUCGACCAAGGAUUAAGUCGACUUCCCGCGGCGUUCGGACCACACAUCGAGGGCAAGAUCACUUAUGGAAGAAAGGUCGAAGGUCUCACGUUCAACAACGAUACGCAGAGGAUGGCGGUCAACUGGCGAGACGACCCACUAGCUAUGAUACCUGAGACUCAAGAAUAUGAUUACGCCAUUGUUGCAGUGCCAUUCACUAAAGUCCGGUUGUGGCGUACACCAGUCUACUCAUCGAGCCUGUCUCGUGCUAUUCAGACCAUGAAUUACCAGCAAUCGUGCAAGAUAGCACUACACUAUGAGACUCGAUUCUGGGAACACCUCGACCCACCUAUCAUCGGAGGAUGCGGCAGCACUGAUAUCCCAGGUAUUGGCUCUGUCUGCUAUCCACCUUAUGCCGUCAACUCUACUGGACCCGGUGUCCUCUUGGCAUCAUAUCAGAGCGGAACAGGUGCACGAUCAGUCGCUGCAUUGAGCGACGAAGAUCACGUAGGUCUCGUGCAACGAGCCAUGGUCGAGGUUCAUGGUCAGGUCGCCGCUGACCAAUACACCGGUAUCUACGACAGGCAAUGCUGGGAGCUCGAUGAGCACCAGGCUGGAGCUUGGGCUGCGCCAUUUCUAGGUCAACAGGACCUGUACUUACCUGCAUACUAUCAGACUGAAUGGAAGACGAUAUUCGUUGGCGAGCACACGAGUUAUACGCAUGUUUGGAUCUUCUCUGCGCUGGAUUCAGCGGUACGAGGGACAACACAGCUACUGCUUGACAUGGGCUUGGUUGAUGAGGCGAAGGAGAUUGUGAACACGUGGAUGGCACGAUGGAUUUCGAUAUAG